AUGCCACCACUCAACCUCACCAGCUUGGCACCAGCAACGUUCAUCCUGGCCAGUAUCCCGGGCAUGGAGCGGUCGCACAUCUGGAUCUCCAUCCCCUUCUGCUCCAUGUACCUGGCGGCGCUGCUGGGCAACGGCGUGGUGUUGUUCGUCAUCAGGACGGAGCGCAGCCUCCACCAGCCCAUGUUCCUCUUCCUGGCCAUGCUGGCCAUCGCCGACCUGAUGCUGUCCACCACGACGGUGCCCAAGAUGCUGGCUCUCUUCUGGUUCAGCAUGGGGCAGAUCUCCUUCAGCGCCUGCCUGGCCCAGAUGUUCUUCCUGCAUUUCAGCUUCUCGGCAGAGUCGAUGAUCCUGCUGGCCAUGGCGUUCGACCGCUUCGUUGCCAUCUGCUACCCGCCGCGGUACGGGGCGGUGCUGACACACUCGGCUGCGGUCAAAACCGGGCUGGUGGCUUUGCUGAGAAGCUUCUGCAUCAUUUUCCCCUGUAUAUUCCUUCUGCAGCGGCUGCCCUUCUGCGGGCACCAUGUCAUCCCGCACACCUACUGCGAGCACAUGGGCAUCGCCUGGCUGGCGUGUGCCGACAUCUCUGUCAACGUGCUGUACGGCCUCGCGGUGCCUUUUGCAGCGAUAGUGCUGGAUGUCAUACUCAUCGCUGUCUCCUACGUAUUAAUUCUCCUGGCGUUAUUCAGACUCCCCUCCCGGACUGCCCGGCUCAAGGCUUUCAACACCUGCAGCUCUCAUGUCUGCGUUAUUUUACUUUUCUAUAUUCUGGCUUUUUUCACUGUUUUAAGGCACCGCUUCGGUCAGGAGAUCCCCCACCACGUCCACAUCCUCUUGGCCAACUUCUAUGUGCUCUUCUUCCCCAUGGUGUACGGCGUGCGGACACAACAGAUAAAAGAGAAAGUUGUGAAAGUGUUUGUCUGCCCCAAGAGCCACUUGCUGCGAGAGUAA